AUGGAUCCAUAUAAAUUUAAUAGUUGGAUAAGAAUUUUAAUAUCAUUUUGUUCAUCUGGUGUUUAUAUUUUAGUUUCUUUAAUGUUACCUUUAUUUGUGGUAACACUAAGUUUUGAAGCUAGAUAUGGAAUAUUUUUUAUAGACCCUUAUAAUGAAAAUAAAUUUUUAAGAUGGGAUGAAUAUGAAAAUAAAAUAUGUAAAAAGGAAGCAGAUGAUCCAAGUGAACCAGAACUUGAAAAAAAGAAAAAAUUAUUAUGCCAUUCUUUAAAUUUUUUUAAACAAUAUUUUUUAAUAAUUUUUAUAGUAGUUUUGAUAAAUUUAAUUAUAGUAAAAGGUAUGCUCAUAUAUACUCACUUUAGAGAACAUCCAGAAACGUUUGCAGAAAAGCAUGUAAAGUUUUGCAAUAAAUUAAUUAUUUUAAUUACAUGCUUAUCAUUAAUUAAUUCUGCCUUAAUUAUUAUUCCUGCCUUUCUUUUUAAUAAAGAAAAAGAAUUCGGAGAAAAAUAUUAUUUACACCCUGGAUUUUAUAUAUUACUGUCUGAUUUUUUAUCACAUUUUGCCAUUACAAUUUUUUUACAGAGAGACAAGAUAAUAUUAAGAAGUGUUUGUGAAUUGGAGCUUUUACCCUGGGAGAAAAAACAUAAGUUACCGGUUUAUAACGUUGAUUUUAAUGAUAAUUUAAUUAGUCCUAAUGAAAUAACAAAUUAUCUUCAUAGAAUAUUUCAAGCAGAUCAUAUAAAUGAGGAACAACUAAAAAACUAUUUUAGAACAGAUAAUUAUGAGGAAAUUUAUUAUAUCAUUAUGAAUAAUAUAAAAAACCAAAACCAAAUGAUGAACAUUUAUUGA